AUUGUCAACCUCAUUAUACAGAAAUCUUUCGAGAAAAUAUUAAAAAAAUCAUAGAGAUAAAACAAGAAGUUAGAAAUUUAUCAAAAAAUGAUUUAUUGGAAUAUAUUAAAACUGUUUUUUAUCUUAAUGUUAUUGCAGAUAUUAUCAUAAAAACUAUCACAGAUAACUAUCAUAUUUAUGAUUCUGAGAAAGUUAAAUGUAAACUUUGUACAGAAUUUUUUGAUAUCUUUUUAAUCAAUACUAUGAGAGCUCAUAUUGAAACUCAACAUCAUGAGUUUUAUCUUGUUGAACAAGCUAUUCCACUUUUAACUCAUUUUCAAGUUUUUGAUAAAGAAACUUUAUCUGAUAUUUCAAAAUUGGGAAUCACAAACAUUGAAACAGAAGAAAAUAGUGUUUUAGAUUUUAAAAAUUUAACAAUUAAAGGACUAUUUAAAAAUGAUUUAAGAAAAUAUAAUAAUGAAUUUGAACAAGAAAGUUAUGAAAAAAUAUAUAGACAACCAUUUGAUUCAAUAGAGAAAUUCACAUUUUUACGAUUACAUUACAAUACUUUAAAAAAAAGAAAGGAAGCAUUAAAAAAGAUUGAAACUAAAAGAGAAGAAAUUCCUCUUGAAGGAAUAGAAAAAUUUGAUCAAUACUAUGACACAUAUUCGGACAAUCAAACAUGUUAUUACAGAACAGUUGCAUAUGAGAACAAUUUUGAAUUAGUAGGAUGGUAUGAAAUAAAUGCUUCAAAAAUAUUCAAUAUGUUAAUUACAUUUAAUAAUAUUAAAAAAAUUGAUUAUUUUGAGGAACCAAAGCUCUUAUUACUUUAUUGGGACAUUGAAAAAUCAUCAUCACAAG